ACCAUACUAUACAUAGAUGUUGUAGUACGAGUGCGACCCGCAGUUAUCCACUAGUGAAGCCUACAUAGAUCAAGUUGAAGAGGCGGCUUCAUGUGAAUACUUGAUCACUGUCAAAGUUGGAUCGCUUUGUAGCUUGGAUGCUUUUGUGCCUCCAAAUCUUAAUCGAGCAAAUGAAAUUAUAUGUCAACCCUUUGUUUCUAAAGAAGCCAUUCAGAAGUUUGUAGAAGAUGUUAUUCGUAAAAAGACGGCUCAGGAAAAAGCAUUAGAUUUGGUGCACGAUGCGCUUAAUAUGAUUCGCCGUAUACAACGACGUCGUGCGUCUAUGCGGCGAACAGAGCUACUUAAGGAUUCUUCCACAAUAAAAUAUGCCGUGCGUUCUCAGAUCGACAAAGAAUAUAAUGAUGCUGUUGAGAGAUACAUAUCUAUCGCCGUUACUGGUAACUAUCUUAUCACCAGGCUUACAUUUCAUAUUUUCUUUUAA